UAUAUAAAACUGCAGAGUUCAGAUGUAAAUGAACCGUGUCUAAGCCAGAAGUGGAAAGAACAUUCUGAAGUAAAAUAGUGGGGGGAAAGAAAAAUGUCUGCAACCGAGACCAUUGAACUGGCAAGUCUUGGCCGACCAUUUCAGCUGGGUAUGCUUUAUGACUGCCGAAGAGAUGUCCUCAUUCCAGGAAUCACUCUCUGGGAUGCUGAGAUGCUGCAGAAGAAUAUUAAUGUACGGCCACAGCCCAAUACUGACUUCAAAAUCAUUGCCUCAGAUUCAAGCGAAGACAAAGCAGAAGCCUUGAAUAUUUCUGCAUCUCUUGAAGUCAGCUUUCUAGGUGGAUUAGUUAAAGUGAAAGGGUCAGCAGACUUUUUAAAUAAUAAAAAGAAAUCUAAACAUCAGUCACGAGUGACCUUACAAUAUCGAACCACCUCACGUUUUGAGCAGUUAACUAUGGAGCAUCUGGGAGCAGGGAACAUAAAGCAUUGCAAUGUAUUGCAGGAGGGCUCGGCCACACAUGUUGUUACAGGUCUACUGUACGGAGCUCAAGCGUUCUUCAUUUUUGACAGAGAGGUUUCAUCCAAUGAAAACCAUCAAGAGAUACAUGGUGAGCUACAAGCCACAAUCAAAAACAUUCCUUUAAUAUCAGUUGAAGGUGAGGCAUCAGUAAACAUGAGUGAAUCAGAACAGAAGAAAACAAAUAAGUUUAGUUGCACUUUUCAUGGAGAUUUUGCCCUGGACAACAAUCCAGUGUCUUAUGUGGAUGCCAUCAAGGUGUACUCAGAGCUGCCAAAACUCCUGGGAGAACAUGGAGAGAACACUGUGCCCAUAACCGUGUGGCUUUACCCGCUGACAAAACUAGAUUCACAAGCUGCACAGUUAGUCAGGGAGAUCAGUGUCAGUCUAGUGCGAAGUGCACAACGGAUCAUGGAAGAGCUGGAUAACUGUGACAUUCACUGCCAAGACCUGAUGAGGGACAACAUCGCCAGUCAGUUCCCUGAAAUCAAAACCAAAAUAAGAAAAUUUAAAGACCUCUGCUCGGAGUAUAAAACAGUUUUUCAAAAACGUCUCUGCAGUCUUCUUCCAUCUAUCAGGGGUGGAGGAAAAGAAGAACAAGAAUCCCCAUUUCAGGGCGCUCUGGUAAACAAGUAUCUACAAGAGCGAGAGCGAGAGAUGAAUGUUGUCAGAUCUUACCUCGACAUCAUGAAAGAUGUUCCUGUUUGUUCUUCCAGCAACGACUUGGACAAGGUUGUCUUGAAGCCAUCCAGUGACUAUGUCAUAGCCUUUGCGCUCUCCUCCUUAGAUGAAAAUGAACCGUACAUUUCAGACUUGGAGAAUUACCUGAAAAAUCAAGCACGCAACAAUGGAGAGCAAGAAAGUUAUGAUCAAAACUCUUCAAAGAAGACAGAGAAAUGGUUUUCCUCAGGAAAUGUAACUGCACUUACCAGGGAAACCAUACAGGCCUUCCUAGAUUUCAAAGAAGCCAAUAGAGAAAGAGAGAAGAUUGAAUUCUGCAUCGCAUCAAUCCCAGAUGAACUCAGCUCUGCUUCUUCAAUUCAUGUGUAUGAAAGAGGCAGACUCUUAAACUCUCAGUUUGAGCUUCCCUCAAAACCACCAACACCAGUCGUCUUGCGUGCUGAACAUGACUGCAUUCAUCUGCAAAUCAAUCCUCCUGAACGUGGUGUCAGGUUUGUGACCUCCUACUGUAUCUCAUAUCAGUCUGCACAGAGCUCUGAAUGGACAGAGGUGUUUACUGAAGGGGUUUCAGAUCAGGUCACUGUGAAGCAGUUACAGCCGAAUAAAGAAUAUCGUUUCACCUGUAAGGCUGUGUGUCGUCCAGGAGUGAGUCUAGCAAGUGACUCAACAUCUUUCUUUAAGACUCGUCCAUGUGCUCCUCCAGGAGCACCUACGGUGAAAAGAGCUGAAUCCGAGUCUGUAACUGUAGCUUGGGAUGUUCCCACAUCUGUGGGUGAAGAUGUUCUGGUCACUGGUUAUGUGCUGGAGUUCAGAGAAUAUACAAAAGAUCUGGAAAAUGAAAAGCCAUGGAAAGCUGUGAAAUGUACAAGCAGGGAGUGUACUCUUCAGGGACUGAAAGAAAACACAGAUUACACUGUCAGAGUUUCUGCUAAAUGUGGAAAUUAUGGAGAGAGUCUCCAGAGCCCCAAAAUGAUGUUUUCAGCCAGUUUUAAGAGUAAACCAUCAAACAAGGAUGGGAGUGAGCUGUUCUUAAAUCAAGCUUCAAGAAUAAAAAAGGGAAAUCCAUCAACCCAUGCACUGACACUUCACAACAAAAUGGUAGAAAGUGUCCACUUUAAUCAGUAUGUAUUUGGAAAAAAAGUGGAGGAUACGAAAAACAAAGUCAUUCUUCUUCUAGGAUCAACAGGAGCAGGAAAAACCACGCUGGUCAAUGUGUUGGUCAAUUACAUACUGGGAGUAAAGUGGGAGGAUGGCUAUCGCUUUAAACUGAUCAAUGAAGUGACCAAUCGCUCACAAGCAGAGAGUCAGACAUCUAAAGUCUCAUCUUAUGAGCUGUACAAUCAGCCUGGCUUUCAAAUUCCCUACUCCCUCACAAUCGUAGAUACACCUGGAUUUGGGGACACAAGAGGAAUCGCACAUGACAAACUGAUAACAGAGCAGCUCAAAAGCUUUCUUUGCAGCCCUUUGGGAAUCGAUCACAUUGAUGCCGUCUGCUUUGUUGUCCAGGCCUCUCUUGCCCGACUGAGUGCCAACCAGAAGUAUAUCUUUGACUCAAUCUUAUCCACUUUUGGAAAAGACAUCGCAGAGAACAUCAUAGUUAUGGUGACAUUUGCUGAUGGUAAAGAGAUCCCAGUGCUCGAAGCCAUCAAAGCAGCAGAUCUGCCCUGUCAAAAGAAUAAAAAGGGACAACCAACACAUUUCAGUUUCAACAACUCAGCUAUGUAUGCAGACAAAAAAGUAGAAGAGCCUACAACCUCAGACAAUGAUUCAGACGAUGAUGAGGAUGAAGAUGAAGAUGACAAACUGAUCAAGCUUGUCUGGGAUAAAACCUUUAAACAGAUGAGGGCUUUUUUAAAGGCACUGGGGGCCAUUGAAAGUAAAGAUCUGAAGCUCACCAUAAAGGUCCUGGAGGAACGGGAGCGCCUUGAGAAAGCUAUGGCAAGUCUGACUCCUCAAAUAUCUGCUGGUCUCUCUAAAAUGAGCGAGAUAAAAAAAUUCAAGCAAUGUUUGGAAAAUGAGAACGAGAACAUGGCACAAAAUGAGGAUUUUGAGCAAGAUGUAGAGGUGGUAAAAGCAAACAGAACCCCGGUGAACUGUUUUACCAUGAAUUGCAACAACUGUUUAUUCACAUGCCACUCCAACUGCUUCCUGCCUGCAGCGGACCCUGUGCAAACUUGUGCUGUGAUGGAGGCCAACCACUGCAUCAUCUGUCCUAAAAACUGCCAUUACUCUGCUCAUUCAAAGGAAAGGUUCAUGUGGACAUAUGAGACGACAAUAGAGAAAAAAACCAUUAAAGAACUAAAAGACAACUUCAUGAAGGCAAAAGGAAAGUUUAUGGACUCCAAGCAAAUACUUGAUGCACUUGAAAAAGAAAUGCAUUUAAUUCAGGACAAGCUAAUGAAGUUGAUCAAACUGUCCUCUGAUUGCAUAAGAAGACUGGACGAAAUUGCAUUGAAGCCAAAAUCUCUCUCAACAGCUGAAUAUCUUGCAAUUCUGAUCAAAACCGAGAAGGAGGAGAAAACCCCUGGCUUUGAGGACCGUAUUGUAGGACUCGAGAAAAUGAAACAAGAAACUCUUAUUCUGGAAAAGAUUGCUAAAGGAGUUGAUUUGCUCGAAACAGAGCGCAGCAUCAUUACAGAGAGAGAGAUGAGAAUGAAGACUGUUGCCCUGAAGAUUAUAAAAAUGAAAAAAUCUGUUAGUGCUUUACAGUCUCAGAGCCACAAGGAAGCAUCCGAUCAAAAGGAGUGAAAGUCAGUUCAAAGAUAAUUAGGAAAAGUUUAAUUGCAUUUAACAUGAUGUUGCUUAACAAGCAUUAAUUCUUUUUCCAGAGCAUGUUAAUAAUUGACUACAAAUUGUAGUUUUGUAGUAAAUUGUAGUUAUAAAGAUUAAUGUAGAUGAAAUGUGCUGUAAAAAUAUACAAGAUCAGAACACUAACUUACACUAACUGACAAAAGUCUUGUUGUUGAUCCCAGUUGUAAGAGCAACAAAUGAUAACUUGACUUCUAGUUGAUCAUUUGGAAAAGUGGCAGAAGGUAGAUUUUUCAGAUGAAUCAUCUGCUGAGCUGUAUCCAGAAGGUAUUGAAGAUGAAUCCAAAGAAUCUUGAUGAACUCCUGCAAGAACGCUUUCUUUGCCAUUCCAGAUGACUUUACUAAUCAGUUAUUGGAGUCAUUGUAGAGAUGUAUGGAUGCAGUCCUCCAAGCUCAUGGGAGUCACACAAUAUUAAUUCUUUUUCCACUGCACCAUGACUUUAUAUUCUAUACUGUACAUUAUUUCUGUUAAGUGACUUUUGUCUAAGCAAAGUCAGACCUUAGUGUCCUAAUUAAAUCAUUAAAAAUCAAGGCAUGAUCAUGUUUUAUUUUGGUAAAAUAAGCACAAUCUAGAGGCAUUUGCCUUUCAUAUAAGCCAUUUCUGAUACCAAAUGAUCAACUGAAAGUCAAAUUAUUAUUUGUUCUUCGUAAAACUUUGAUAGACAACAAGACGUUUGUCAGGUAGAGUAUAAGAAAAUAAUUAUGUACAUCCUGAUGUGCUAGCAACCAAGCUAUGGCUCCAUGAAGUGAAUGCAUUAUAAUGAAUUAUGUUUGUUUAUAUUAUAUGCUCUUUCAGUUACUUUGACAUUUAUGCCUUUUUAGAAGCUUUUAAACAAAUACUUUUCAUUUAAUGAUUUUUGCAAACAUUUAGACACUAUAAAUUUGUCAUUAGGUUUAUAUCUUCUGCAAAAGACCUUCUGAAAAUGAUUUUCGUUAAAAACAGUUUGUUUCUUUAAAUAAAAGUGAGUAAACUGAGUUUGUCAUCUUUAAAAGCGACAAGUUGACUUUACAAAAAAGUGCGUAAAACUGUUGCCUUAAGUUGAUUUAUUGAAUAAACCCGUUGUAACUUGGAACUGUUAAGUUGACAUUUUCAUUUUUUUAUACAGUGUUUAGUAGAGCUUAUACAGUAUCACUGCUGUAUAAUGCUGUAUAAUAUGCUUGUAUUUUUUAAUUUCAUAAAAAUAAAGGUACAUUUUAAUUCUACAUAUGGAUGUUAAAACUGUGAUUAUUAUUUUGCAUCA